AUAUUUUCUCAUUAAUAAAGGAUAAUAUGCCAUCGUAGUUUUCCAUUUAUACUUGUUGUAUAUUAGGCGUGUUAUUCUUUAUUACUCAUUUUCUUUUUCCCAUUUGGUUGCAUUUGGUGUAUUACUUAUUACCAUUAAAGCCGCGGCCCCGCGCCCGUCCCUUUCCCUAUCUGCUAUAUUUGUCCCCCUCCCGCCCUUCAAAACCGUUGCCAAAAACCGCCGACCCGGCAAUGGCAACUCCUCACCUCUUCUCUUCAGCCGAAGCUGCAGCGGUUCUCUGGCAGGCCCUCAAGCUCUCCCCUCUCCUCGCCCUCCUCUGCGUCCUACUCCUCGCCGAGCUCCGACGCGCCCCCGUCCCCACCUCCGGUUCCGGCCCCCCGACGUACCCCGUCAUCGGUUGCCUCAUCUCCUUCUACAGGAACCGCCGCCGCCUUCUUGACUGGUACACCGAGCUGAUCGCCGACUCUCGGACCGGCACCAUCGUUGUGGACCGCCUCGGAGCGACCCGGACCAUCGUGACGACGAACCUGGAGAACGUGGAGUACAUACUGAAGACCCGGUUCGGGAACUUCCCCAAGGGCCGGCCCUUCACCGACAUUCUCGGCGACUUCCUCGGGAAAGGGAUCUUCAACGCGGACGGGGACCUUUGGCGAUCGCAGCGCAAGCUAGCUUGCCACCAGUUCAGCGUCCGGUCCCUAAGGAACUACACGAUCGGGACACUGCGGGACGGGGUGCAGACCAAAUUAAUGCCAGUCCUCGAGAGACUGGCAGAGGAGAACCGGGUGAUCGAUCUGCAGGAGCUCCUGACGAGGUUCGCAUUCGAUAUGAUUUGCAAGUUCUCCCUAGGGGUUGACCACGGGUCCAUCGACCCGGCCCUGCCCGUUUCCACCGUCAUACGAGCCUUCGAUUCAUCAUCGAUGAUCUGCGCCCUCCGCGGGGCUGCGCCGUUGUUCCUGAUAUGGAAGGUAAAGAGGUGGGCCCAGGUUGGGUCGGAGAAGAGAUUGAGCAACUCGGUUUGCGAGGUCCAUCAGUACGUGAACUCAAUAAUUGAUGAGCGCGCCAGCAAGAUGAAGAUGGAGAAGACCGGAACACCCGACGACUUAGGCGAAUUGGACCUAUUAUCGAGAAUGCUAUUGAACGGGCACGACAAAGACGUGAUAAGAGAUAUGGUAAUAAGCUUUGUGAUGGCAGGUCGGGACACCACCUCGGCUGCUAUGACAUGGCUCCUAUGGGCGGUCUCGCAGAACCCGAAGGCCGAAGCAGAACUUGUAUCCGAGAUUGUCGAUUUUAAGGAAAGUGAGUUGAAUUAUGAUUCAAUCAAGGAGCUGAGGUUCCUGGAAGCUUGCUUGCUCGAGGCGAUGAGGCUCUACCCACCAGUCGCGUGGGACUCCAAGCAUGCGAUCCAGGACGACUUACUACCCGACGGGACGCUGGUCCGGUCCGGGGACCGGGUCACAUACUUUCCAUAUGGGAUGGGGAGGAUGGAGACACUGUGGGGGAAGGAUCGGUUAGAAUUCAAACCGGACCGGUGGUUCGUCGAACUAGACGGUGGGAGGGGAGUGCUCAAGAAAGUCUGCCCGUACAGGUACCCGGUAUUUCAGGCGGGGCCGAGGGAUUGCAUAGGCAAGGAGAUGGCAUUUGUUCAGAUGAAGUACGUGGUGGCUUCGAUACUCCGCCAUUACGAGAUCAAACCGGUACGAAGAGGCAAGCCAGUUUUCGUCCCCCUCUUGACUGCUCAUAUGGCCGGCGGCUCCCCGGUUCGCAUUUGCAAGAGAAAGGACUGAGGGGAAGUCCCUCCUCUCGAGCAGAUGUUUUUUCCUCCCCUAACGUAUAAAAUAUAAAUUUGCCCCUACUUUUUUUUUUCUUUUUUCAUAAUUUAGAAUUUGAUGAGUCAAGGAUUCCGGUUCUAUACGCUACCAAGAGGCGGCAGCAAUUUUCUGGAGAAUGUUUACCGUCCCGUCCGUGUGGUAGGGUCCCCCAGUAAAUGGUAUGGUCCCGGUGCAGUCCCGGCCGGGACAGGAUAAAUUGGGGGACCGGCUUGUCUUAACGGCCGCUAGUGAGAUUGAUGUCGAAAGCAGUCUCUGCAAAUAGUCAGAUUCUCAAUUUAGACUCGAUCCAACCACGAAAAGAACAGAAUAAGGUGGCACAGGUUUGGACGACUCAUCUUAAGUCUGAUGACCUUGGAUGGAUACAGCUUGGAGUCAUGGACCUCUUGAGCUCAGCCGAGCAUAGUUGAAGGCUUGACCGCUUAAAAUGUUGGUCAGUCCAAGUCCCUAAAGUCUAGUGAGCUAUAACUAGUAAGGAUCAUCCUACUAAGCCUACCGCUGCGAAAUAUCAAUUCGGAAGGACAGGUUUCUAAAUAUAGUAGAUUCUUGUUAGUUACGGAUUCUCCGAAGAAAGGCAUAGCACAUGUUUUAUCUAUAAAUCUUUUAAGCCU